AUUUAGCUAAUUUUGGACUUUGUUUUCUCCUGUUGUAUGGCUAAAAUGGACAUGAAUGAUGUCUAUAGAGCCAGUAAUGGCUUCAGGAGAAAUGCUUCAGCCGCUUUCAGGAAUGAUGUUUUAGAAAUCUUUGAGAGUUCGUCGCGAGUUCAUGAAGAUGAUGAUGAAGCUUUAAAAUGGGCUGCCCUGGAAAAGCUUCCCACUUUCGAUCGUUUGAAAAAAGGUCUUUUGCUUGGGUCCAGAGGCGCCGUCAAUGAGGUUGAUAUACAAGACCUUGGCUUUGAGGAAAGGAAACAACUGGUUGAAAGGCUGGUGAAGGUUGUGGAAGAAGAUAAUGAGAAGUUUCUGUUGAAGUUCAAGAAUCGGAUUGAUAGAGUUGGGAUAAAUUUGCCAACAAUAGAAGUCAGAUUUGAGCACCUAAAUGUUGAAACAGAAGUUCAUGUAGGCAAUAGAGCUUUGCCUAGUUUCAAAAACUUCUUUAUUAAUAUCUUGGAGGGAUUCGCGGCCUAUCUUCACAUAACCCCGAGCAGAAAGAAGCAUCUCUCUAUCCUACAUGAUGUUAGUGGGAUCUUGAAGCCAGGCCGAAUGACGCUCCUUUUAGGUCCUCCGAGUUCUGGAAAGACGACACUUUUGUUGGCUUUGGCUGGAAAGCUCGAUCCUGCUUUGAAGGUUUCAGGAACAGUGACAUAUAAUGGACAUAGCAUGAAAGAAUUUGUACCCGAAAGAACAGCUGCAUACAUAAGCCAGCAUGAUGUCCACAUAGGAGAAAUGACAGUAAGAGAAACAAUGGCGUUCUCUGCAAGAUGUCAAGGAGUUGGAAGCAGCUAUGAAAUGCUGGCAGAGUUGUCAAGAAGAGAAAAAGAAGCAAACAUAAAGCCUGAUCCUGAUCUGGAUAUGUAUAUGAAGGCAGCAGCUAUGGAAGGACAAGAAACAAGCGUUGUAACAGAUUAUGUAAUGAAGAUUUUGGGAUUGGAAAUUUGUGCGGACACUAUGGUAGGAGAUCAAAUGAUUAGGGGAGUCUCUGGAGGCCAAAGAAAACGUGUUACAACAGGUAGAGAGGUCAUCUCUAUGCGUAAAAGGGUUUGGUUAUUGUAUUUAAGCUGUUGGUCUGACUUUUCAUUUGUUAAAAUCACAGGAGAGAUGCUGGUUGGACCAGCUAAGGCCCUAUUCAUGGAUGAGAUAUCCACCGGCUUAGAUAGCUCUACAACUUUUCAAGUUGUUAACUCAAUUAGACAAUUUGUCCAUAUUCUCAAUGGCACUGCUAUUAUUGCCCUCCUGCAGCCUGAACCUGAGACAUUUGAUCUGUUUGAUGAUAUUAUUCUGAUAUCCGAGGGCCGGAUUGUUUAUCAGGGACCCCGGGAGAACGUGCUUGAGUUCUUCCAAUCUAUGGGUUUCAGAUGCCCUCAGAGGAAAGGAUUGGCUGACUUCUUGCAAGAAGUAACUUCAAAGAAAGAUCAGCGGCAGUAUUGGGCACACCAUGACAGGCCUUAUAGGUAUAUUACUGUUGGGGAACUAGCAGAAGCUUUCAAAUCAUUUGAAAUCGGGCAGAAACUUAAUGCUGAACUCUCAAACCCAUUCGACAAGAGUAAAAGCCACCCAGCUGCUUUGUCAACUGCAAAGUACGGUGUUAGCAAAAAGGAGAUUCUAAAAGCUUGUGCCUCCCGAGAACUCUUGCUUGUGAAGAGAAACUCAUUUGUUUACCUCUUCAGGAUCUUUAGGCUUAGUGUGAUGGGUGUCAUUGCAAUGACUAUCUUCUUUCGUACUCGAAUCCAUAAAGACAUAAACGGUGGACGAAUGCUUGUCGGUUCUCUUUAUUUCGCUGUUGCAACAAUUUUUUUUGGUGGGGUCACCGACAUAUCCCUGACCAUUCAAAAGCUUCCAGUCUUCUACAAGCAAAGAGAUUUUUUGUUUUAUCCUGCUUGGGCUUAUGGACUUCCCUCAUGGAUAGUGAAAAUGCCUGCUCAAGCUGUUGAAGUAGCUGCCUAUGUGGCACUCACUUACUAUGUAAUUGGAUAUGAUCCAAAUGUUGGAAGAUUGUUCAAACAAUACUUGCUAAUCUUAGUUGAACUUCAGACGGCAUCUGCAAUAUUCCGUUUCGUUGCAGCAGGCAGUAGGAAUAUGAUUACUGCAAACACAUAUGGGUUUUUUAUAUUGCUCAUAGCCGUGUCAAUGAGUGGCUUUGUUCUCUCAAGAGAUAAUGUAAAGAGCUGGUGGUUAUGGGGUUACUGGACUUCACCGCUGAUGUAUGCAGCGAAUGCACUUCUUGCAAAUGAAUUUACAGGCCACAGCUGGAGACAGGUUUUGUCGAAAGAUAAUGUGUCAUUGGCAGUUGAGAUUGUAAAAUCUCGAGGUUAUUUUCCAGGCGCGUACUGGUACUGGAUAGGAUUAGGGGCACUAUUUGGCAUGUUACUUUUAUACAAUGCAUGCUUCAUUCUGGCUCUGACAUAUCUUAACCCAUUGGGAAAGCCUCAACCUGUCCUGCUAGAAGAUGAGACAAGAGAUGAGAAUGAUGUUUUAACUACAGCGAGUGAGAGAGAUGAUGAAAACAAAAACCAGGGAAUCAUUCUUCCAUUUGAACAACACUGGAUCACAUUUGAUGAGGUCAAGUACUCUGUAGACAUGCCACAGGAAAUGAAAGAUCGCGGUGCUACUGAAGAUAGACUGUUACUUCUGAAGGGUGUGAGUGGAGCUUUCAGACCUGGAGUUCUCACUGCUCUGAUGGGAGUUAGUGGGGCUGGUAAAACUACCCUUAUGGACGUGCUGGCUGGUCGAAAGACAGGUGGAUACAUUGAGGGAAGGAUUACAAUUUCUGGUUAUCCAAAAAUGCAAGAGACCUUUGCUCGGAUUUCUGGAUACUGUGAACAGAAUGACAUCCAUUCUCCAUUUGUUACAGUUUAUGAGUCUCUGCUGUUCUCAGCCUGGUUGCGUUUGCCCCCAGAUGUUGAUUCUGAAACCAGGAAGAUGUUCGUUGAGAAGGUAAUGGAGCUUGUAGAGCUAACUCCAAUAAGACAAGGAUUAGUUGGGUUACCUGGGGUCAGUGGUCUAUCAGCAGAGCAGCGAAAGAGGCUAACUAUUGCUGUCGAGCUUGUUGCUAAUCCAUCCAUAAUAUUCAUGGAUGAGCCAACUUCAGGCCUAGAUGCAAGAGCUGCUGCAAUUGUGAUGAGAACCGUUAGGAACACAGUGGACACUGGAAGGACUGUGGUGUGCACAAUCCAUCAGCCUAGUAUUGACAUAUUUGAGGCUUUCGAUGAACUGUUCCUGAUGAAGCGAGGCGGACAAGAGAUAUAUGUAGGGCCAUUGGGUCAAGGUUCUUGCCAUUUGAUCCAGUACUUUGAGGAAAUUGAAGGAGUGAAGAAAAUCAAGGAUGGGUAUAAUCCAGCGACCUGGAUGCUAGAGGUAACAUCUUCAGGCCAAGAAACUAUGCUGGGGAUUGACUUUGCAGACCUGUAUAAGAACUCAGAACUGUAUAGGAGGAAUAAAGCUCUCAUCAAUGAGUUGAGUAGCCCGCGACCGGGCACGAGAGACUUGCAUUUCCCAACUCAGUAUGCGCAGCCAUUAUUCACUCAAUUCCUGGCAUGCCUGUGGAAACAACAUUGGUCAUACUGGCACAAUCCUCUUUAUACUGCUGUAAAGAUACUAUACACAAUAUUCGUAUCGUUCAUUGUAGGUUCAAUGUUCUGGGAUCUUGGUUCCAAGAAGGAUACUGAACAAGACAUUUUUAAUGCUAUGGGGUCGAUGUAUGCCUCCGUCUUCCUUUUGGGGCAGCAAGGUUGCAUGUCGGUGCAGCCUCUGGUGGCUGUUGAACGAACGGUCUCUUAUAGAGAAAGGGCAGCUGGGAUGUAUUCUGCCUUGCCAUUUGCCUUAGGACAGGUUGUCAUUGAACUCCCAUAUACGUUCGCUCAGACGGUAAUAUACUGUCCGAUUGUGUAUGCUAUGAUCGGAUUUGAAUGGACAGCCGCAAAGUUCAUGUGGUACACGUUCUUCAUGUUCUUCACACUAUCAUACUUCUCAUUCUUUGGCAUGAUGACACUGGCUGUGAGCCCUAAUCAGCAAAUUUCUAGCAUCAUUACCACUGCAUUUUUCUCGUUAUGGAAUCUCUUCUCCGGAUUUGUAAUUCCAAGACCAAAAACGCCGGUGUGGUGGAGAUGGUACCAUUGGGCGUGCCCCGUGUCCUGGACUCUAUACGGCUUGGUUUCGUCGCAGUUUGGAGACGUAAAAGACCAGUUUGACAGUAAGCAGUCAGUUCAAGAUUUCGUGCGGACUUACUUUGGCUUCAGACACGAUUUUAUCGGUGUCGUUGCAGUUAUGGUUGCAGCAUUUGCACUUCUUUUUGCCUUUAUAUUUGCAUGCUGCAUCAGAUCUUUGAAUUUCCAACGGCGAUAACUCUCAUGAUUAAACAGAUAUUUGCAUAUACCAAUAUAUCGUUGUUUGUGUGAAAAAAUCUCCCAACUUUUCUUGGUUUUUCCCUGAAAAGUAUGGCAAUAAAUAUGUAUGACAGACCUUGUAAUGUUAAAG